CUCCGACUCCCCGGAAGUCCCAUUGCUGAGCACGAAAGGGACUGGACCGGACAACUUAUAGGUGGCGGUGCAGCCUCAUUGUUCACUGUUGGCAUGGACCCCAAUGGACCGUCAAAUACCCCAGGGCUGCCUUCGCCUGUCGAUCUGAUUGCGCAGCAACGGUCUGAUGCCAUUCACGCGGCGGGGCAGCCUACAGGCGACGGAGGCCUUCUCUCCCAGCUAACCAACAACCCUUUCUUCACCGCGGGAUUUGGUCUCGCCGGUCUGGGAGCCGGGCUCAGUCUCGCGCAAAAGGGCGUCCGUCAUGGCGCUGCUCUCCUCCGCCGACGCAUGCUCGUCGACGUCGAAAUUAGCAUCAAGGACGAUUCCUACCCGUGGUUCCUCCACUGGAUGACACUAUAUCAACAAUCCCAACUUCACUCGGCUCGCUCCGCGGCCAGCAGGUCUGGCUUUAUGGAGUCUCUAUUACAAAGGUUAACACCGGGGAUGCGCCAUCUCUCUAUCCAAACACAGAAAGUCGAGCGCGCCAACGGCGCCAUACAGACCCAUUUCGCUCUCGUGCCGGGCCCUGGCCGGCAUGUUUUGCGCUAUAAGAAUGCGUUUAUCUUUGUCAACCGAAUGCGGGAGUCCAAGUCUCAGGACCUUCACACCGGCCGGCCGUGGGAAACCAUCACUCUGACCACCCUUUAUUCGCAUCGACAUGUCUUCGAAGACCUCUUCACCGAAGCGCAUGCGCACGCGGCAAAGUCCCACGAGGGCAAGACAUCCAUCUACAACAGCUGGGGCGCCGAAUGGAAGCUAUUUGGACAGCCGCGGCGGAAGCGUCCAUUGGACUCAGUGGUUCUCGAUGAGGGAGUCAAGGAGCGGAUCGUGGACGACGUGCAGGACUUUGUGUCCAGUGCCAAAUGGUAUCACGAUCGGGGCAUCCCGUAUCGCCGUGGCUACCUGCUCUAUGGGCCACCUGGAACGGGUAAAAGUUCGUUUAUCCAAGCUUUGGCGGGCGAGUUGGACUACGACAUUGCCAUCUUGAACCUCAGCGAGCGGGGAUUGACCGAUGAUCGGCUGAACCAUCUCCUGACGAUUGUCCCCAACCGGACCCUGGUCUUGCUUGAAGAUGUCGACGCUGCGUUCUCGAACCGCCGGACUCAGACAGACGAAGACGGGUAUCGCGGUGCCAACGUGACCUUUUCGGGUCUGUUGAAUGCCCUGGACGGUGUGGCAAGCGCCGAGGAACGGAUUAUCUUCCUCACCACCAACCACGUUGAAAGGCUGGACGAGGCGCUAGUCCGCCCAGGUCGGGUAGACAUGACCGUGCGCCUAGGCGAGGUGACUCGCUAUCAGGUCGGUUGUCUCUGGGACCGGUUCUACGGAGAGCUGGACCCGAGCGGCUCCAACCGGCAGACGUUCCUCAGCCGGCUACAAGAAUUGGGGCUGAUCGAGGACGAGAACGGCUUCAAGGCUGAUCGAUCGAGGAGCACUAGCGCUGCUGCUCUGCAGGGGCUGUUUUUGUAUAACAAGGGCAAUAUGGACGGAGCUAUUGCGAUGGCCGAGGGGUUGACCUUCCGUGUCCAUGACGAGGCUAUGGGGCAUGAAAAUUAGACUGUAUUAUAGAGCGCUAUGUAUAUUAAUCUGCGUGGCGGCAAAUGUAUCAUACUAAUGAGAGCAAACGGUUGGAGUAGCUGUAAG